CAAUCAGCUAUCUUUAAGACAGAGCAAGAAAAAGAUGAAAGUUUCAAUAUGGUGUCUAGCAAUUCUUUUCAUCCAUCUGUCUGAUGGAAGAAGUCCACCUUUGCCAGUACAGAAAUGUACAAAGAUUACUCACCUCCAAUGUAAGAAUGCUGGAUAUCCUAACACAGCACCAUUUCCUGAUAUUCAAGGCAAACCUUACCAAGAAGUCAAAGGAAAGGAACUAAAUAUCUACCUUGGUGGGCUAAGUUCGUGCGCUAAAACGUCCAGCGCUGCUGUUCUAUGUUCGCUGUACUUUCCAAAGUGCGUAGAACAUCUAUCGAGACCUGUCCUGCCAUGUCGAAGCGUGUGCAACGAUUUCGUUCAUAAAUGCAGCAAAGAGUUACAUCUUGUGGCAAUGCAAGGGAUGCUUUCUGCAAUGUGUGAUCUAUUGCCGAUAUAUGAUAGCAAUAAUCCUGAUACAUGUUUUGUACCUGAAGGAUUCAGAGUCAAUCAAGCUCAUAGCGGUAUGAACAAGACUCAAUGUCACAAAGUUGGUAUUUCUAACUGUCAAGACGAUCUUCACUACAAUACAACGUUUGUCGCCACCGAAACGCAAAACAAAUCAAACGUUCAUCUUCUCCAAUCAGUUAUUGCUACAAAAUGCUCGCUAAACAUUGAAAAGUUUACUUGCUUUACCCGUUUUCCACCCUGUUCUGAAGGCCUGGUCCAGAUUCCUUGUAAAUCUACUUGCGUAGAAAUCAACAACUCGUGCAAAAGUUCAUUUCAGCAAUACAAUAUUCCUGUGACGGACUGUGAUUUCUUGUACCCCGACAAACAAGGGAAAAACGGGAUAUGUACUUUGUCGAAAUGGCCGGCUCCUUGGUCCGCUGGAGUGCAACCUACUCCUAUACCUCCUGUUUGCAAUAAGUGUAACAAGAUAUCGAUCAAAGAAUGCGCUAACGUUGGGUACAGCCAUACCUUCCACUUCAAUGACAUCAAUAAAGUACCGUACCAAAACCACACGGCAGCUGCACUGGAAAAGUUUUUAAAACUCUUAACUUGCUCAAAGUAUGCCCAAACCAUACUUUGCUCGUUGUACCUACCAAAAUGUGACCUAAAAACGUGCUCUUCAAAGCCGGUCCUUCCUUGUCGGAGAGUGUGUUACGAAUUCGUCAGAAGUUGUGAUAAGUAUUUGGCAUUAGCGGCAAUCCAUGGGUUAAUGAUCGGGCUUUGUGACUUGCUUCCUUGGAAUAACACAGCUGCUAGUCCUUGCUUCCUGCCAAAAGGAUUCAAACCAACCGCACAAGUAUAUCAAAGACAAGUGUGCUACCCAGUUGUUUCCAAUGACGACCAAUGCCAUAAGGACUUUUCGUACAACGCUACCUUCAUCAAUCCUAAAGAUCCAAACAUUCCCAAAUCCCACCUCCUACAGCCAGUCAUUGCCUCGAAUUGUUCAGCCAAAGCUGAAAAGUUCUUUUGCUACACAAGAUUUCCGCCUUGCCGUGAUGAAAGUCACUUGACCGUUCCUUUGCCGUGCCGUUCAAUGUGUAAAGAAGUAUUGGGAAAGUGCAAAGAUGUUUUCAACAAGUAUGGUCUCCCUAUGGCUGACUGCAACUUUUUGCUUCCUGAUCUUGAAGGAGAAGAUGGUAUUUGCCAAGCCGAUGCUUUUCCGGUGCCGUUUCGUCAUUUUAAACACAGUGAGAUUCAUCACAUCCAUUUACCAGGGGAUAAAAAGGUGAAUGGUGGUCUAAUUGCCGGUAUGGUUGUAUUACUCAUCGUGGUGAUUGUAGCAGUAGCGAUUGGUGUAAUGUACUACAGGAGAAAGAAGUUUGUAGAACCCUUCCAACCUAAGGAACUACACAAUACCGAGGGAAAAAAUCAAGGAAAUGUCUCUACCAUAUUUGAAAUCGCUCGCGGAGUGGACUUCUUGCUUGUUAGUCCUGUCGAUGCAUCUUUAAGGUUUUCAACUUUAUUUGCUUUUUGGUUUAUCGCGGGGAUGGGGAUGAUCAAAGAAAGCUCCUCGAUCUGUAAUUCCUUCAACCAAGACACAGGACUUACUAAGAAGUGUGGAUACUCAGCAACAGUCAAUUUUACUCAUCCUUCGCAGUAUCAAGAAGCCAUUAAAAGCUUGGAGACUUUUUCGAUGCUUUUUGAUAAAUGCUCAUCGUAUGCAAGUCUUAUUGGCUGUUCUCUAAAUGUUCCAAGAUGCGAAGAAAACAUAUCAGGACCUUUUCUGCCAUGCCGAAGAGUCUGUGAUGAAUUCCAAAAGCAAUGUAGUGACACAAUACUCAAGUUCGGAAUGGAGUGGAUUAUUGGGAUGUGCCAACUCCUACCUGAAAAAGAUGAUCCCAACACAAAACUAGGAUACCUUGGAAGGUGCUUUGAACCGCCAAACUUCAAGACAACAAUUACAAAAAGUUUACCACUAAAAUGCAACAGCCUGAUAGUUCCAGUUUGUCAGAACAUUGGCUACACUAAAACAGUUAUGUCAGAAAAGUCGCAAAAGGCUUUCUCUACUUGGGCCAGCGAAAAACUAAAAGUACAAAGURGAGACCCUUCUUGUGACCUUGCUGGAAAGAAGCUCUUCUGCAUGCAAAAUUUCAUGCAUUGUGUAGAUAACAAAGCUGCUUCUUACUGUCGKUCUAAGUGUGAAAGGUAUUUUGAGAUGAACUGCACAUCGCCGUACAAACCCAACGAAUAUGCAAUGUGCUUGGAAAGUCCCACAGGAAGAAAUGAAAUGGCGCUUGGAAGUGAUGUUUGUUUUUAUGAUAACUGGCCUAGAGCAAUGAACUGGCCUCAAGUCAGAAACAAACAGUCAAUAGUUACUUCAAGUACAACACCCAGWCCUGAAGGGGCGGGUAUUCAAGAUAGARUAACAUCAUCAUCGCCUCCUGCUAUUUUCAGCAGCAGACCGACUUCAAAGGAAAUAAAGGAUCAAAAAACAGAUUCGCCUCCUAAGGUGGAGGGUGCCUCGAARCCCAAGAUGGCUGCCRUAGUGGGUGGAACAAUGGCUGUGCURAUAAUUAUUAUAAUAGUAUUAGUUGUAGUAAUUUUCUUAUAUAGGAGAAAGCGAAAACCGACAAGAACUUCAGAGGAAGAUAGAGAUCGCGGAGACAGAACCACGAACAAAUUGUUAGAUGAACAAAAAUGGCUGUAUAUUGAAGUAGCGUGCAUUGUUCUAAAAUUAGACUUUACAGAGAAAAUGAAGUACUAUAAAAAAUCCUUUGCAGUUUGUCUUCUUGUUAUGGUUGUGUGCAUAGUCAAGGAUUGUUCUUCGUUUUGUAAACCAUUCAACAAGUCUACAGGCAUUGCUGAGUUGUGUGGAUACCCUUCAACGUCUAACUUUACUCAUGACAAACACUACAUUAGUGCCUUAAACGGUCUAAGGUCAGUCUCCAAAAUUCUUUCCUCGUGUUCUGAGUAUGCGAACGUGAUCGCCUGUUCGGUUUAUACUCCUCGAUGCGAAGAAAAUAUACCAGGACCUUUUCUGCCAUGCCGAAGAGUCUGUGAUGAAGUCAAUAGGCAAUGUAGGGACAGAAUACCAMAGUUCACAUUGGAGUGGAUUAUUGGGAUGUGCCAACUCCUACCUGAAAAAGAUGAUCCCAACACMAAACUAGGAUACCUUGGAAGGUGCUUUGAACCGCCAAACUUCAAGACCAACCUCACUAGAAGUAUACCACUAAAGUGCAACAAGCUCGUUGUACCAAUAUGCCAGCAUCUCGGUUAUACACAUACAGUUGUGUCGGUAGCGCGUCAAAAGGCGCACGCUUCGUGGGCAUGUAGGAAGAUAAACAACGCCAUUGACACCACAACAUGUUCUUUGCCUCAGAAAAGGUUCUUUUGUAUGGAGARUUUUCCUCCGUGUAUCAACAACACUAUUGGGUUCUACUGUCGUUCAAAGUGUAAUGAUUUCUUUCAAAUGAAUUGUACCAAAGCAUUCAACUAUGAGAGAGACAUUUGUAUGGAAAUGCCUGAAGGAAGUAGCGAGAAUGACGUUUGUGAGCAGACGCACUGGCCGCGUGCGCUUAACUGGCCUCAGGUGAGAGAUGCAGCCCAAAAGAAAAACGAAAAGACGACGCCAACUGUGGAUUCAAGUGUAACCAUGACCACCGCAGCUCCAGAAGCAACAGGAGAGCAGAACACGACAACUAAACCAGGGGAUUCCAAUGAUCCGUCCGCUAUAAAGGCAACGCCAAAAUCUCACAAAGMCAAGGUCGCGCCCAUUGUUGGGGGAUUAAUGGCCGGAAUAUGCGUGAUCGCUUUGGGACUACUAAUAGCAUACUUGAUUUACAAAAGCAAGAAAAGAGCGGCUGCAUUUCCACGCGAUAAACAAAUCCUCUACAACGAAGACAACGUCGAAAUCUGAAAUCCGUAUACUAAGGAAGAAUAA